AUGGCCCUUCAUCGUCGCGAUAUUGCUCUAGCCGGCGUCGCUGGGUUUAUUGCAUGGGGUCUUGUGGUACGCUGGUUGCCAGUCUUACGAUACCUUGGAUAUGCCCUGACGCUGGGCGCCGUGCUGUCCACCUCGAUCUUCGGUUUGGUUAUCUUUACGGCCCGAAAACAAAAUGGCAACAACCCCAAAGACGUUUCAGUGGCGUUUAUCACAUCUAAUCACUGGCGGAAAGAAGUGCUCAACGUCCGCAGGACCGCUCGGUAUCGGCCCAAGCCCCUCUACCCACAGUCUUUCGUCGUGUCGGAGGGGAUCGAUGAACUGUUAUCCUUUAUCACUCGGGACUUCGUAUAUUCAUGGUACCGCAACAUCAGCCCAAACCCGACGUUCAUCAAUGAGAUUGAUCGGGUGAUCCGCAUUGCGCUCGAGAAUCUUCGGGACCGGUUGGUCGCAGAGGAUUUGGUCUCGUUGGUUGUCUCGCGUAUUUUUCCAAUUCUGACUUCCCAUCUCAAAGAGUUUGAUGUCGCUGAACGUUCGGUUCGGGGUCGAAAUUUGAACCGAAAUGUGACUGAAUCCGAGGAGCUGGAUCUGGCCAUCGCCAACAAGUACCGUGAAGGUCGCUUGCAUCCCGCAGUGGCGCUCUCUCUGUCCGACCAGAAGUUGGUCCAACAGGAAUAUCUCCGAAAAAUGGCCGUUGCGCUCCUGCCUCAGCUGUUCCCGGAGAGUGUGCUCAAUAGCCGGAUUGUGUCGGUAUUGAUUCGCGAAAUCAUUUCAUGCGCAGUGCUUCUCCCGAUUGUGACAGUCUUGUCAGAUCCAGAUACAUGGAACCAAUUGAUGGAGGCAUAUGGGCGUACGGCGCUGCAGGAUCGGAAGACUGUACGAAAGCUGCGGGCCGCCUUAGACGAGCAUGCUUCUCCUGCCCCCAAGUCAAAACGGGGGCAGCCUUUCCCACGACUUGCAGCAAAUGAUUCAGAGCGGGUUUUUGAACGCUUUGUUCGAGCUAUCAGACACUGCAACAAUUUGUCUGAUGCGCGUCGAUUUCGCGCUCUCGUUACUAGUCAACUAAAACGGGAGAGCAUCGUCGAGGACCAGGAUCAGGUUUACCUGAGACGCCUAGAAACCGGCAAAAGGGUCUUGGAUCAAAAAGUUGCCAAGCUUUCUAUGCCUAGUGAGACCUCUCGUUUGCCUCCUGCCACCGCGGAUGUUCGUCAAGAUAAUUCCCCCACCGCGCACGAGUCAUCCCUGGUCGAUGUGAUGCAUAACGCGUCUGGCCUAUCAUAUUUCAUGGAGUUUAUGGACCGUCAGCGUCUCAUGUCCCUUGUCCAGUUCUGGGUUGUGGUCGACGGGAUCCGAAACCCUCUAGAAGACGACUUCGGGGAGGGGACUUCUACCUCUCUGGCGUGGAAUACCACGGACAGGAAUGAUCUGGCGCUCAUCAGUGAAACAUAUCUGUCAAAGCGAGAAUUCAAGGUCCCUGAAGAAUCUCGCCAAGCGGUCAAAACGUUCUUGAACGCCGGGAAGCGUGCGACUUUAGAACAGUACCGCAAAGCGCGGACAGUGGUGUUGACCACGCAGUCAGCAGUCCUAGAAGAGUUGGAGAGUACCUACUAUCCUAAGUUCAAGGAUUCUGAUUUGUACUGGAAAUAUCUCGCCUCGGAUGAAGCCUCCGUGGCUGGCUCUGCACCGGCUGAACAAACGGUUUCACAAUCAGUCGCUUUCGAGGCGCCUGAGCGGCGACCUCUGCCUCCUCUUCUAGUGCGGACAAGUUCCCAGCCAGGAAGCAAGCCAAAGAAAGAUCUCCGAAGAGCCGCUGUUUCGUCGAGUGACGUGCGAGCUAUGGGUAAAUUAUUUGACGAUGAUGAUUCUCCACGACGAUCCAUUGACUCCGAACGAUCGGCGCCUCUGUUUGACGAUGACUACGAUACAGACCAUCUUGCCUUAUCUACGCACAGUUUAGGCAAGGGAUCUCAAAAUGGUGACAACGAUGCAACGCAGAGCCAGGUCCUGGAGACAAUGGAAGCGGCGCUUAACGAUAUCAUCACGAAUGAGCCGAAAAAUGGCAAAGCUGAAGACUCGAAAGGUGGCAAUGCCGCUUCGUCUGGAUUGUUUGGUCCAGACCGCCCUAAGAUCUCGCCCCAAAACUCAUCCGAGAUUCCACAGGUCGAUAGUCGGUUGAAUGAGAAGGCCAAAAAAAGCAUUGCAUCUCUCGGUCUAGUUGACCACUCGUCGCGGCUUGGAGUAUUUGACGACGACCUGUUCCCGGACCAACAGAAGUUCAUCGAGGAUGAAUACGAGGAGCCAGUAGGCACAGAAGACAAGGACCCGGCAGAUGAAGUCCACGAAGCUGCACCCGGGGAUCUUGGCCUUACGGAAGCCAUCGGAGUGCUCACGGCUGAUAUCGACAAGCUCGCCGCGCAGGAUUCCGUGGUUGAAGCCCUGACACGCAAGGCCGAGCUGACGAACAACAUAGCCGAAUUGAGAAUCUUGCAAAAGUCCAAGGCCAGCAUCCAACGUGAAAUUCACCGUAAGGAGAUGCAGCGACAGCAGUACAUCAUUCAAGAAAGUGAUAAUAGUCUGUAUGGCCGGUCAACUGUCCGGAUCAAGUCCAUCGUGGUUGGCAAGGAAGAAGAUGGCCAUGAGUUUGCAACGUAUGUUGUCGAAGUCCAGCGCAAUGCCGGUGAGCAAAUGCCCACCGCAUCAUGGGCCGUGGCACGCCGAUAUAGUGAAUUUCAUGAGCUUCAUCAGAAGCUGCGCCUGGGGUACCCUUCUGUCCGACACCUGGAAUUCCCUCGACGGCGGGUUGUCAUGAAAUUGCAGAGGGAGUUUCUCCAAAAGCGUCGCCUAGCCCUUGAAGCGUACUUGCAGAAUCUCUUGCUAUUGCCCGAGGUCUGCCGCAGCCGUGACUUACGUGCGUUCCUAUCUCAAAGCGCCAUUCUGCCCCGCGACGAAGCUGCUGCCCGGGACAGCGAGGGCGAGACCAAGGAUCUUGUGACGCGGAUCUACAACUCGGUUGCAGACGGCAUGGACGAUUUUCUAGGCAACUUCGGUGUUCUGGACCAGCUGUCCACCGCAGGCCAAAACUUGAUUUCAGCUGCCACGCACCAAACCACCGGCAGCACGGCCUCGGAUCCUGUGCUCGCUACCGAGGACGCUGUCACAACUGCUGAGGCCGAGGCUGAACUCAGCGCCUUCGAAGAUCGGGAACUUGAGCCCUUUAUCAAACCCAUCUGCGACCUGUUCCUUGAAACCUUUGAGCUGAAUCGCGGCAACAACUGGCUGCGCGGCCGUGCCGUCGUCGUCGUCCUGCAUCAGCUCUUGGGCGGUACCAUUGAGCGCAAGGUCCGCGACGGCGCCCGCUCCCUCAUCCAAGACGACUCGCUCUUGCGCUACGUCACUCUCGCCCGCGAUACGCUGUGGCCCGGAGGCGUCAUGCGCAAAGUGCCCCCUCGCUCCAGCGCCGACCGUCUCAAGAGCCGCGCUGAGGCCACCGUCGUCCUGGCGACUCUCAUCCCAGAUUUAGCCGGCAACGUCGUCGGCCGCGCCAAUGCCCAAGCGGCGGCGCGGCGUAUUUUUGCCACACUGAAUAACCAACCCCUCAACACGCAUCUUGUGUUUACCGUCCUCGAUGAGAUCUUCCUGGUUCUCUUCGGCGGUCGGGACCCCAGCCGCUUGCACUGA